AGCUCUAGUAUGGAUUGACUGGGUGCGGAUGCUGCAGAGCCUGAAUUUUGAGCCCGAGCCGACGCUUGAAGUUUACAGUCUUAACUCUUAAGCCUUCACUUUUAUUGACUUGAGACAAUGCAAUUUGAGUAUUGAGAGGUAUUGUUGCCCAUGUCAUCACCAUUUUCCAGAGAACUACAUUUCUGUCAAGUGAGAAGGACAUCUUACACCAUGGAUGGAUUCUGCCUUCUCUAUCUACUCCUGAUCCUCUUGAUGAGAUCUGGUGACGUUGAAACCAAUCCAGGUCCUAACACUGCAGAAAGUACUGUCAGUGAAAUGGAGUUCCUGAAGCUGGCCCAGGAUAUCGCUCCAUCUUACUACAACGCCGUUGGGAUAUCUCUAGGGUUCUCCUAUGCUCAACUACAGGCAAUCCUGGCUGAAAAUUUGAAGAACUACACCAAUGCGUUACUGGAUGUGUUUAUGAAAUGGAAUGUCAAGCAGCAACCUCCACACUCAAACAAAAGACAGCUUUUGGCAAACAAACUACGAGACAUUGACUUGGGUAGCCUAUCAGACGGAUUACUCAGUGGACCUCCAAUUCCAAACAUCACAGGAGGGCCACCAAGACUGCUCGAAUCACAGACCAAACCUCCUUCAGCUGAAUCUCAGACCAAACCACUUUCUCCUGAACUGGUUGAGCGGUGUGCAAAGGAUUUCAAAUUCAAGUACAGGUCAACUGUCUGUAAGAUCAGAGCUGAUCCUCUCAGUCCUACUUCCACUGUGCAGUUUGAAGACUUGCAUACUAAUCUCGUCUUACUAGAAGAACAUGGAACAGAGAAGCGAUUGCUAGAUUACAAUGAUAUCCUUAAUCUCAAAGUCAAUGGAGAGUUCCCCAAGCGGAUCAUGGUCCAGGGAGAGGCAGGGGCUGGAAAAACUACAUUCUGUGCUAAGAUUGCCUGGGACUGGAUUGAAGGGAGGCAUUCAAGUCACUUUGUGUGGGUCUUGAUUGUUCCUUUACGUGAAUUUAAGCAACACACCAUUGGCCAGAUUGCAAAGUCUUAUCUGGACAAAGACAAUCCAGCAACAGUUUCUCAGAUUACUGAGUAUAUCCGGUCAAAUCCGGACAAGGUAUUCAUCGCAUUCGAUGGGCUAGACGAAGUCAGUGGCAAAAUCAUGAAGACAGAAUCUAGCGAAUCACAGCAUACUGAUCAAAUGCAACUUCAGCCAUCACAGCCAAGUGUCACCUCCUCAGAGGCAUGUGGAAGCUCAUCUGAGACUGAUGAUAUUGGACUUGCAGAUAUUCUUUGUUCAGAUCAACUCGCCUCUUGCUCAGUCUUGGUGACCACUCGCCCAUGGAGAGCAGUAGAGAUUAGAUCAGAUGGAGGUCUAUCAAAGCUCUACACAUUCAUUCAUGUUGAGGGUUUCAGCAGAGAGAAUUUGUCAGUUUACAUUCACAAAUACUUUCCAAAGAAUGAUGAUAAAGCAAAUCAGCUUAUCCAGUUCAUCAGUGAGAAUGAUGUUCUAUAUGAGAACAUGGCCCACUAUCCUAUAUAUGUAGCCAUGUUGUGUCUUAUGUGGAAAGAACUUGACAAGCAAAAACUAAAGAAAAUGAAAUCACUGAAAACCUUUUCUCAGAUAUUCAAAGAAAUGAUUGCCUUUCUAAAAGAGCAUUAUGCUCAGAAAGAGGUGAAGAAAGUAGGCAGCCCCUCACUUAUUGCCCAUUUGAAAAAAAUUGAUGAGGACCUUGUACCUAUUGCCAAACAGGCCCUCAAUGGUCUGCUAGAAAAUACUUUGAUUUUCAGUGAAGAUGAUUUUGAAAUAUGCCCAGAAUCCAAGGACACUGCAUGUCGGGUUGGGAUUUUGUCUCAAGAGGAGAGAAUUGCCACCACUAACACGGAUACACAUGAGAGGCAUUCUCAUGUGCAAUUGCCAGUCUUCUUCCCUCACAAACUGUUUCAGGAGUACAUGGCUGGAGUCCACCUUGCUUCCCUAUAUGAAUCAAAUCGUAAUGAAUUCAACAGGCUGAUGGAGCAAGUAUUUCUGCAAAGGAAGGAGGAGUUUCAGUAUCUCCUGUACUUCACUGUGUCACAGAACAAAAGUAUUGCAACCCAUGUAAUGCAGUCUAUGCUUCGGGAAGUAGACAGGUAUAUUCCUUUCAUUGUUGAUGUAGCCUUUGAGAGUCUGGACCCAGAUGUAGCAGCCUUGGUGAAGGACAGACUUUUGCCAGAGGAGACUGUGCUGACCAUGGACAUACACAUGACAGCACACACUGUAGCUGGGUAUGCAUUCAUUGGUCCAUAUCUGGUUGAACUCUGGAUUAAUAGAGAUUGUGGACCUUCUAUGUCACUUGAUGUUGCAGAGAUGAUAUGCUCCAUUCCAUCCUUGAAGAAAGUUUUUCUUCAUGGUGCAUUCCAUCAUUGUUUUUUUGCAACACUUGCAACGAAAGGAAAAGAAUCAAAGGUCAAGACCCUCGAGCUUAAUAAUGUCAAAUGUCCCACAUCAGCCUCAUCGCAUCAUCUAUUAGAAGCACUUUGUUCUAUGCCAAACCUGUCUGACCUGACACUUUUUGAAAUGGAUCUGGAUAAGAAGUCCAAUGAGGAUUUCUACUCUUCAUUGAAAGCAAAUGCAUCAUCCAUACAGGUCAAGACUCUUGAGCUUCAUAAUGUCUGGUUUCCCACACCAGCAUCAUCACAUCAUCUAGUAGAAACACUGUGUUAUAUGCCAAACCUGACUGACCUGACACUUCCAAUGGAUCUGGAUGAGGAGUUCUACUGUACAUUGAAAGCAAAUGCAUCAUCCAUACAGGUGAAGACUUUCAAGCUUCAUGCUGUUCCCACACCAGCAUCAUCACAUCAUCUAGUAGAAACACUGUGUUAUAUGCCAAACCUGACUGACCUGACACUUCCAAUGGAUCUGGAUGAGGAGUUCUACUGUACAUUGAAAGCAAAUGCAUCAUCCAUACAGGUAUGUGUGUUCUAAUGUAAAUGUCAUGGAGAGGGUCAUAGAAAUGAAGAAAGAGUAGUAAUGAUUAUAUGGGGCACAUGUAUAUAUAUGUUUUUCUCUACAAAUACCCUUUUCUAAAGGCAAUUUUCUUGGUUUAUUGAUACAGUCAUGAAACAUGGGAUAAAAGCAAACUCACAUGUACUGAUUCAGUUGAAAUUCAAGUGUAUAUAAGAUUGACAUCGUUUUGAUCAAUAAUCCAUAUCCAUCCUUUUCUG